GAGCCAUUACCCAUGACACCGAGAAGUUUAGCCAUGACACCCAGAAGUUUAGCUCGGCGAAGAUUGUUCCCGAAUGGGGAGAACAAGAAACAAAAGGUGGCACCACCAGGGGCAGGGCCAAGGAAGAACUUGGAACUUGAGGUGAUGGAGCCUGGAUUGAAGAAUGAUGGUCCCUCUCUCGACACUAUCUUGGUCAAUUAUUUGGACACACUUACCCAACGAGUCAAUUAUCAUUUAGGUUAUCCAGUGAACAUAUGUUAUGAUCACUAUGCAACUUUAGCACCACUUUUGCAGUUUCACUUAAACAAUUGUGGUGAUCCUUUCCUUCAAAACACUGUCGAUUUCCAUUCUAAAGACUUCGAAGUAGCAGUUUUGGAUUGGUUUGCACAACUGUGGGAAAUUGAAAAGGACCAAUAUUGGGGAUAUGUUACCAAUGGUGGUACCGAAGGCAAUCUCCAUGGUAUUUUGUUAGGGAGAGAACUACUUCCAGAGGGAAUAUUAUAUGCAUCAAAAGACUCUCAUUACUCAGUCUUCAAAGCUGCAAGAAUGUACAGAAUGGAUUCAGAAACAAUCAACACAUCAGUAAAUGGAGAGAUGGAUUAUUCAGAUUUAAGAGCAAAGUUGCUUCAAAAUAAGGACAAACCAGCAAUUAUAAAUGUCACAAUUGGAACUACGUUCAAAGGAGCUAUUGAUGAUGUUGAUGUUAUUCUUGAAACACUCAAAGAUUGUGGCUAUUCACAAGAUAGGUUUUACAUCCAUUGUGAUGCUGCACUAUGUGGUCUUAUGACCCCUUUUAUAAACAAUAUGAUUAGUUUCAAGAAGCCAAUUGGAAGUGUCACAAUUUCUGGUCACAAGUUCUUGGGAUGCCCAAUGCCUUGUGGUGUCCAAAUAACAAGAAAAAGCUACAUCAAUAAUCUCUCAACAAAUGUGGAGUACAUUGCUUCUGUGGAUGCCACUAUUUCUGGUGGUCAUAACGGUUUAACUCCAAUUUUCUUAUAGUAUAGCUUGAGCGCAAAAGGUCAAAUUGGCCUGCAAAAGG